UCCCUCGGCGGGCCGAGCCUCCCCUCUCUCCCGCCCCUCCUCCUCCCUUUCCCACCCCUCGGAGUGGAGCUGCACAUGCGGCUGCUCCCUGCUCCGUCCCGCCCAGCCACCGUCGCGCAGGAACGGGUCCCUGCAGCCCCCAGCCGAUGGCAGGACAGUAGCCGCCUGUCAGAGGUCGUGAACGGCUGAGGCAGACGCAGCGGCUCCCGGGCCUCAAGAGAGUGGGUGUCUCCGGAGGCCAUGGGCUACCCGGAGGUGGAGCGCAGGGAACUCCUGCCUGCGGCAGCGCCACGGGAGCGAGGGAGCCAGGGCUGCGGGUGUCGCGGGGCCCCUGCCCGGGCGGGCGAAGGGAACAGUUGCCUGCUCUUCCUGGGUUUCUUUGGCCUUUCGCUGGCCCUCCACCUGCUGACGUUGUGCUGCUACCUAGAGUUGCGCUCGGAGUUGCGGCGGGAACGGGGAGCCGAGUCCCGCCUUGGCGGCUCGGGCACCCCUGGCACCUCUGGCACCCUAAGCAGCCUCGGUGGCCUCGACCCUGACAGCCCCAUCACUACUCACCUUGGGCAGCCGUCACCUCAGCAGCAGCCGUUGGAACCGGGAGAAGCUGCACUCCCCUCUGACUCCCAGGACGGGCACCAGAUGGCCCUAUUGAAUUUCUUCUUCCCUGAUGAAAGGCCAUACUCUGAAGAAGAAAGUAGGCGUGUUCGCCGCAAUAAAAGAAGCAAAAGCAAUGAAGGAGCAGAUGGUCCAGUUAAAAACAAGAAAAAGGGAAAGAAAGCAGGACCUCCUGGACCCAAUGGCCCUCCAGGACCCCCAGGACCUCCAGGACCCCAGGGACCCCCAGGAAUUCCAGGGAUUCCUGGAAUUCCAGGAACAACAGUUAUGGGACCACCUGGUCCUCCAGGUCCUCCUGGUCCUCAAGGACCCCCUGGCCUCCAGGGACCUUCUGGUGCUGCUGAUAAAGCUGGAACUCGAGAAAACCAGCCAGCUGUGGUGCAUCUACAGGGCCAAGGGUCAGCAAUUCAAGUCAAGAAUGAUCUUUCAGGUGGAGUGCUCAAUGACUGGUCUCGCAUCACUAUGAACCCCAAGGUGUUUAAGCUACAUCCCCGCAGCGGGGAGCUGGAGGUACUGGUGGACGGCACCUACUUCAUCUAUAGUCAGCCCUUUCUCCCUCUGCUUUUGUCCUCUUCCUGUCCUGGGCCCGCUCCCCAAGUCCGCCAGUGUCCAUCUACUUCCAUUCCCCGAUUGUUUGCCUCCAUGGGGAUGGCUCCUUGGAGAGAGAGGAAGAUGAGCCAUGAGGUAUACUACAUCAACUUCACUGACUUUGCCAGCUAUGAGGUGGUGGUGGAUGAGAAGCCCUUCCUGCAGUGCACACGCAGCAUCGAGACGGGCAAGACCAACUACAACACUUGCUAUACCGCAGGCGUCUGCCUCCUCAAAGCCCGGCAGAAGAUCGCCGUCAAGAUGGUGCACGCUGACAUCUCCAUCAACAUGAGCAAGCACACCACCUUCUUUGGGGCCAUCAGGCUGGGUGAAGCCCCUGCAUCCUAGAUUCCCCCCAUUUUGCCUCUGUCCGUGCCCCUUCCCUGGGUUUGGGAGCCAGGACUCCCAGAACCUCUAAGUGCUGCUGUGGAGUGAGGUAUAUUGGUGUUGCAGCCACAGAGAGAAAUGCCUCAGUGCUAUUUAUUCCCCAGUGACUCCAGGGUGACAAGGCCUGCUUGACUUUCCAGAAUGACCUUGAGUUAACAGGACAGUUGAUGGAGCCCCAGGGUUUACAUGAAGCAGGACCUUCUUUGCUUCCAUGUUGACUGGCUUAUGGCAUGACUCUUCAACCCCAAGGUCCCUGUUGUCAGAUCUAUUGUUUGUUGCACUAAAAUGAGGAUCCAGGGCAGCAGGCCAGAGAGAGCAGAGGUGCACUCCAGACUCUGGGGGUGGACAUCUGACCCCAAGGGGCUGCUGCUCCUCUCUUGGGUAGGGUGGUGGUGGGGGCGGAGUGGGAAGGUAGCAUUGCAGCCUGAGAAGGCCAGAGAGGGAAAAGGCAGGUGCUUUUGGCAAGAGACCAUGAGAGAAACCUGCCAAGAGAGCAUCCUUGGCAGUGGGGAUGUUCUUUCUGCUCUAUACUGUGGCCUGCAGGAGGGUCGGAGUGCUCUUCCCACUCCAGCUGACAGCUACAUUGUGGCAGCUUGCUGGGCUUUGGGAAGGGGAAGUUUGCUCUGCCUUGGAACAAUCACAGGGAAUGGCCACAAACCUGCCCGCAUAAGACCCUGAAUCCGUCCUUGGGUCACACGUCUCUCAUUUUAUUUACAGCUGUGCUCCACACUCAGAAAACUCCCUGGGGUCACCUAGUUGCCCCCAUUCCCAGCCUGACUAGAACUCCUGCCUUCUUUCUCCACAGAGCCUACCUCUGUCUGAGACAGGUGCCUAACCUGGGACCUGUGCUCAUGUGAGUCUGGGAUAUUCUUUAGCUUACCUGGGCACAAAGAGAAUUUUUCGUUUAUUAAACAGUACAAAUGUUUUUCAUCCAUUCCUAAUCAAUUCUGUCUGGAGACAAAGGGUUGGACUGGAUGACCUCCAGAAGUCCCUUCCAUUUCUAGUACUUGUGACUCUUAGCAGGUGGCCCUCACCACAGCCUUCUAAAUUCCCAAACCCUAGGCUGCUCCUGGGCAUUAGCAAGGCAGAGCCUUUUUACCUGGCCUAGAAAGGGCAAGGGGUGAGGAUAGGACAGAGGGAUUUUGUUCCAGUUUGCUGCAACACAAGUGGACAUUAGGCCAGGCCUUACCUGAAAGGCCAGCUGCUGAUGCCAUACUGACCCAGUCUUUCUUCACUCUGGCUUCAAAAAGCCAUAGCAGAGCAUGGUCACCACAGAUGCUCAUGCUGCUCCUGUGAAGCCAGACUCAGGAGAAGCCAGUGUCUAGGCACUGAGCAGGGAUCUGCCCCCUAGUUCAGGUCCAAAUGCACCUUCCCCUAAACCCCAAGCUUCCCACCAGAUCAUGUGGUAGGACCCUCGAGGGCCUUACUUCAAAGUGCCUUGGCUCAGCCUGGCUUCUGGGUGCUAGGUCCAGCCCAAACCUGGGAAGACCAGCCUUGUACAGUCUGCUCCUCUUGUUCCUGAAAUGUGUUUCCUUUUCAGGAGAUGGGGAAUAAGUUCCUUCAGGCAGCUGAAAUUCAUCGAGAACAGAGGGUACUUAUUUCUCGGCUGUGCCUUCCCUUUCUAAGCAACCACACUGCUUGGCCCUUCAAGGGUCAGGGUGAGAGGUGAUGGGCUAGGCCUCCAUUGUCUGGUUGCUAACAACAGCCUUGCAACCCAAGGUGAGGUGAACUCCAGGCAUGUGUCUGUCCCUAACUCCUAUAAAGUGCCUUGGACAGUCUGCAGUUGUAGCAGAAACCAACAAGAACCUCUCCUUCAUAUUUGGAAAAUAAUUUCUCCUUUAUUAUCUCUUUUGAGGAAGGCAAGGCUGAUAAUAUGACAAACAUCAUUGUUUAGAUGAGGCUUAGUGAGGUAGCACUCUCAGAGCGUUUUGACCAGUUUAAGCCGCAGACCUGGAGCUUCAGCCAGGUCUGACUCCAAAGUUGUUCCAUUAUACCACAGCACUGUGUGGAAUUUGAGGUCUAGAGAGAACGAAUAAAAGUGGUAAUUUGGAACUGAAAUCCUUGAGGGCUCUAGGGAGAAACCCAGAGAUGCCCGUUUUCAUUCCUCGACGGUAAUACCUGUCCUCUUGGCUGCCAGGGGCUCUGUGGCAAAAGGAGUCAGGCAUUCCUUUGGGAAGCAGCCAUCAACCUUAGAGCUCUUGUGUUCAGAAGAAUCUUUCUGGCACCUUGUUGAAGCAGCAGGCCUCUGGGACCGACAGAGCUGGUGGCCUUUAUGUUCUUUCACCCAUCCUAGGAACCAGCCAACCAUCAUGUGUGGAGCCCCUACUGUGGGCAAGGUCCUCCUUCCAUUACCCUACAGACAGCUUACAGGAGCCAGCUUGCUUCCCACAACUACUAGUGUGACUCCUUAUCUCUUUCCACCAUACCUUAGAGACUUUGAUACUACCAGGGUCUCUCAGGGAUGGAGGGAAGACCUGAAAGAGGACUGGUUCUGAGGCCAGAAAGAUGUGAGGAGAGAGGAGGAAAAGUCUUCCUAAAUUGUGCCCCUAAAGGGCAUCCUGAUACCAUUCUAUUCUCCGGACAUGGAGGGGAUGAUAAAGGAAAUAAGAUCUCCACUGGACCCUUGAUUCAUUCUGAACCCUCCAAAGGAACUCCAGGGGGCAAGGGAUGAUGAGGGAAGCAAUAGGUAGCUGGGGAGCCCUAUUGCUGCUAAGUCAUUGGCGGCAAAGUGACAAAACAAUUUACUGAUGAGAGAAUGUGCAAAUAGAUGUACAGUUUGGAAUUAUGCUGGUGUGAGUUUGCCAGAGGACCAAUGCUAGCAUGGAGAAUGGGACAAGGACAUUUGUGGGCAAGCAGAUGACAGAGGUUUGAAGGAGAAUUGCAUGGCAGGAGUCUCUGCCAGCUACUUGGGCUUCAACAGCCAAGCUGGCACAAAAGACAGCUGGCGGAGGCUGCUCGGCUACUGGUUACCUGGAGAAGUAGUAUUUGCCUAUUUCCCGCUUCGUCCAUCCUGAGCCAAAUUUCUUUUACUGAACAGGAAAGAGCUAGGAACCCUGGAGGUAAACAAAGACUUUGAUCCAUGUAUGAGCGUGUGUGUUUAUGUAACUUCCUGUGGACGCAAAUAGAUUCAGAGAAAUUUAGAGCUAAAAAGGCCCUUAGAGGGAAUCUAGCCCAACCUAGAUUCCACCCUGUUACUUAUGUAGAAACUGAGGCCCAGAGAGGGAAGAUGACCUGCCCCAAGUGGUGAGCAAGCCCCAACCUCUAGAGUCAGCAGACUGAGGGGAUAAAGCAGUUCCUGUCCCACAUGGCCAUCUUCUUUCUUCCACCCACAAACUCCAGGAUGGAAGUACUUGGCCCUUUCAGGAGCCUGGCCAGGCAGGGAGUAGCUGCAGCCUUCAUCAGAACUCCUCCUCCUCUCAAGGCAUUCUCCCAGCUCUAGCUUCUGGACUGGAAAGCAGGAGACUGGCCCAGUACCAGCAAGUCCUUAGGCUACUGUAAUGCUGCCUCAGGACCCAUCCCUGCCUGAAGGCUCCUCUAGGCCCUGUGAGCACAAAGAAUAAAGCUGAUUUUUGUCUUUUAAUCCAUUUCAGGUCUCUCUCCAGGAGGGCUCGGGGUGUGUCAUUUCUAUAUUCCUCCAGCUCUGAUAUUAGGGGGUGGGCUUUGUUGUGAGAAUGGCCUGGAGCAGGCCCAAUGCUGCUUUUGGGGGUCAGCAUCCAGUGUGAGAUACUGUGUAUAUAAACUAUAUAUAAUGUAUAUAAACUGGGAUGUAAGUUUGUGUAAAUUAAUGGUUUAUUCUUUGCAAAUAAAGCGCUUUCCCUAUCUGUUCUUGA